UGCUCUGAAAACACACACCUCAACAAUGAGUUCUUGGUUAUCCAUCUUGGCUUUGGCUUUGGCUUUGGCCUGGAACAUUGCCGAAAUUUCUUCAACACCUUCCAAUGCCACGCGGCAAGGCAAACUGUUCUCAAUUUUUCAGAUCAUCAACUUUCCGAAUGAUGCCUGCGGUGGAUCCUCGUCAAGAAAUGGAACUUGUUACACAUCCGAGGAAUGCGCUUCGAAAGGUGGAUCUGCGAGCGGAACUUGCGCUCAGGGAUUUGGCGUUUGUUGCAUUUUUAGCUUAGCUUGUGGAAGUACGACGUCGGAAAAUUGCACUUAUCUGGUUCAAGCAGUUACAUCCAUGCCGACUGUCGAUCCUUGUACGUUUACCAUUUGCAAGUGCUCCUCCAACAUUUGUCGGAUACGAUUAGACUUUGCGAGCUUCUCCAUUGCUGGACCUGCAGUGGGAACCACAUCAGCUACAGCGGGCCAAAACCAAGGCGGCGCUAUUGGCGAUUGUGUUACAGAUAGCUUCAGUGUCACCUCUCCCGGAAAUACGGCGUCUCCAGUUAUCUGUGGCUUUAAUACCGGCCAACAUAUGAUUAUGGAUGCUUCAGACAAAUGUCACAAAGCUUCGUUUGACUUUGGUGGAAUUGUAACAAGCCGCCAAUUCGACAUCAAAGUCACUCAAUACGCAUGUGGAGAUGAAAAUGGAGGACCGGAUGGUUGCCUGCAAUACUUCACUGGGAACACUGGAACAUUUGCAAACUAUAACUUUCCAACAACGGCUACCACAGUGACCUCAACUGUGACUCACUUAUCGAACCAGUGCUACACCAUGUGCUUUCGUCAGGAACAAGGCAAAUGUGCCAUAUGCUUCCAGCCUGUCAUUGCAGCAUCGACUGCAGCAAUCAAUCAAGCAUCGUUUGGCCUUUCCAAAAGUCCAGCUGCGAUAGCUAUUGGUACUCAAGACACAAGUUGUAGUAUGGAUUAUCUCCAGAUUCCUGGCGCCGAAGAGGAUGAGAUUACCGGAACAAAUCCAAAUUUCAUUGUAGGAUCCAUUGCUACUAAGAUUCACAAUCGGAUUUGCGGCAGGUUCUUCAACUUUGAAACUACUGCUGACGGAGUUGGCGGUGCAGAUAAUGAGGAAUCCAUUUGCACUCAACAACGCCCGUUCAGAGUUCACUUCAAAACAGACGCUGAUGAAGUGACAACAGGAGCCACUGCUGAUAUGAAUGAACAAAUGAUUCACCCUGGUGGGAUUAUAGGGUUUCAUCUAAAUUACGCCCUUCAAGAUUGCUGAUCUGGAGAUCAGUAAACACGUUUUUAAUUGACCCCUGGAGCAAUGAUUUUUCUGAAUGUUUCAACGUGAACCAUGCCUUUCAAUAAAGUAUUUGUGC